UCAGUGGGCGUGAUUCCAACCGAUAAAAUCAUGAUUCGUAGACUGCGCUGGAUGGAUACAUAAGUUCAGCUGGUCAUGAUUAGUGAUAGUCGACUAGUGAAGUUAGGUGAUGUCGCCAUUUUGUAAUCGUAAUGAUGUCUUUUUGUGGCGUAGUUGGCUAUCGAGGCUUCUGGUGCAUGGUGCAAUGCCGGUCAUAUGGGGCGGUGCUCGACACAUUCGAGUGUAUUCGCUUUCAAACGCAUUCAACUGCAUUGGUCGCGAAAACUGGAGUUCACAGUCACGUGACUCAGCCGCCGGACGUUACCGAGCGACAUCACAGGCUGCAGCGACCGGGCACACCGGCAAGUGGAACGCGUCCUCUCAGAUAUCCAUUCAGACAAUGUCUCUUCUCCGUGUCGCCGCGCGCGCCAUUUCUCGUCCUCGGAUCUCUUUGACCCCCCGAGCAGCGCUAUUGCCUCGGGCCGCGGCUGUUCUUCCUCAGUCGCGUAGUCGCAUUCCUCAGUAUGCCGCCUACUCUGCGUCGGCUGGUCUUGCAAAAGAGGAGAUCUCGGCGCGCGUCUUGGACGUUCUGAAGGGUUUCGAGAAGGUGGACCCUACAAAGCUCACUGAGACCUCGAGAUUCUCUGAGGACCUGGGAUUGGACAGUCUGGAUGCAGUCGAAGUGGUCAUGGCAGUAGAAGAGGAGUUUGCCAUCGAGAUUCCGGACGAGGAAGCAGACGAGAUCAAAAGUGUGAAGCAAGCAAUUGAGUACAUCGCGAAGACGCCUGCUGCUCACUAGGAUGGUUGCACAUGACACUGUAUAGUGGUGUAUUUACCUCAUUCCAACCCCGCAUCUUCAUUAUUCCAUCCCUUUUUGGCUUUGCCACGCUGGUCCCCGUUCCGAAGUCGAUCGAUAUGACGUGACAUGUCAAGUUCAUCGGCACCCCUGCACUGGAAGCAGUUAAAUUGUCCAUUCUGUAAUAUAGUCAACUCCGGAUGGGCCCAUGAAUGAUCUCAAGAUAAUGUGGAUGCGUAGCAUGCGUGCAAGGAGAUCGGAGGGUGAA